AUGUACUUCAUCUUUGCACAUCAUUCCGUGAUUCCGAUAACAAUCCGUCUCCGAAAGAAUACCCCUAUACCCAUCUCUGUAAACUACUAUUUCAUGUGCAAAUGCAACUACGAGUGCGGUUUCUGCUUCCAUACAGGUAAAACCUCUCAUAUACUCCCUCUUGAGGACUCCUUCCGCGGUUUGAAGCUCCUCAAAGAUGCUGGCAUGCGCAAAAUCAACUUUGCUGGUGGCGAACCGUUUCUCUACCCGAAAUACCUUGCAUCACUCAUCAUCUUCUGUGAGGAGGAGUUCCAACUCGAAUCUGUGUCGAUCAUCACAAAUGGCAGUCUAGUUACGGCGAGAUACCUUCGAGACUAUGGAAAACACAUUGAUAUCCUGGGUGUAUCGUGUGACUCCUUCAUUGAGGCAACGAAUAUCAAGAUUGGCCGCCCCCAGGGUGGGCAUAUUGACAAGUUCCAGAACGUCUCACGUCUCUGCCGGGAAUUCGGGAUCAAGUUCAAACUGAACACGGUGGUCAACCGGUAUAACAUUAAUGAAGAUAUGAAUGAGCACAUUGAGGCCAUUGCUCCGUUCCGGUGGAAGUGUUUCCAGGUGCUCGUUGUGGAUGGCGAGAACAACUCGGAAAGCACGCUCCGUGACGCAAUGAGGCAUCACAAAUCCUUUAUUCCUGAACCGAACGAUGUCAUGAUGAGCUUUUAUCUCUUGUUGGAUGAGUACAUGCGAUUCUUGGAUAAGAAUGUCAACCUGCAGAGCGAUUCUAUCUUAGAUGUAGGAGUGGCCGAGGCUUUGUCGACAAUCAGGUGGGAUGAGGAGAACUUUUCAAAAAGAGGGGGCAUAUAUGAUUGGAGUAAGGAAAAGGACGCAGUGACUGGGGUGUGGCACAAGAAAUGA